GAAGUGGGAAAUUCAGUCUAGCGAUCGGGAGGAGACUCGUAUCCGACAGAGCGUUCCGUUUGAUGUCGCUCCUUCUGAGCCGCACGCUGACGCAGACAUUGGUGCAAACAAUCCGUGUCCGCUCCCGGCCAGUCCUUCGGUGCACUCCAAUAAAAGUCCAACUCUUUGCAGAUAAGACGGAGCUGGGAGCUGCCGGUCACUGUUCAGCAGCCAUGGCCAAAAGGAGGCCCUUCGAGCGGCUACCGACUGACGUUUUCCCCGUCAACUACGGGCUGUGUCUCAAACCGGACCUGAUCAACUUCACGUUCACGGGCAAGCUGCAAGCUAUGGUGGAGGUGACACAAGCCACAAAUCAGAUUGUGAUGAACUGUGCCGACAUCGACAUCAUCACAGCCUCUUUUGUGCCUAACGGAGGAGACGAAAUUGAUGCCACAGGGUUUAACUAUCAAAACGAGGAUGAGAAAGUGACCUUGUCGUUUCCAAGCGCGCUAAAAAAAGGCUCUGGUGUGUUGAAGAUCAAAUUUGCAGGAGAACUGAACGACAAAAUGAAAGGAUUCUAUCGUAGUAAAUACACGUCCGCCGCAGGAGAGACUCGCUACGCUGCAGUCACGCAAUUUGAGGCCACGGACGCUCGCCGCGCUUUCCCCUGUUGGGACGAGCCCGCCAUCAAAGCCACCUUUGACAUCACUCUCAUCGUCCCCAAGGACCGCAUCGCCUUGUCAAACAUGAAUGUCGUUGAGCGACAGCCAUAUCCAAGCGAAGAAGACCUGGUGGAAAUCAAAUUUGCCACCUCGCCCAUCAUGUCCACUUACCUCGUAGCGUUUGUCAUCGGCGAGUUUGACUUUGUGGAGAGUCAGUCGUCGGAUGGCGUGCUGGUGCGCGUCUACACGCCGGUGGGGAAGGCGGAGCAAGGCCGCUUUGCGCUGGAGGUUGCCACAAAGACUUUACCGUUCUACAAAGACUACUUCAAUGUUCCUUAUCCUUUGCCCAAGAUUGACCUCAUCGCAAUUGCAGAUUUUGCUGCUGGUGCCAUGGAAAACUGGGGCCUUGUUACUUACAGGGAGACCGCGCUGCUGAUUGACCCAAAGAACUCCUGCGCGUCCUCCAGGCAGUGGGUGGCGCUGGUGGUGGGUCACGAACUCGCCCACCAGUGGUUUGGAAACUUAGUCACCAUGGAAUGGUGGACGCAUUUGUGGCUUAACGAGGGCUUUGCAUCCUGGAUCGAGUACUUGUGCGUGGACCACUGCUUCCCAGAAUAUGACAUCUGGACUCAGUUUGUGUCGGCAGACUACACGCGUGCUCUGGACCUGGAUGCCCUGGACAGCAGCCAUCCCAUCGAGGUGAAUGUUGGCCAUCCGUCCGAGGUGGAUGAAAUCUUUGACGCCAUCUCUUACAGCAAAGGAGCAUCUGUGAUCCGUAUGCUGCACAACUACAUAGGAGACGAGGACUUCAGGAAAGGAAUGAACGCCUAUUUGUUAAAGUUCCAGCACAAAAAUGCAUCCACGGAGGACUUGUGGGAUUGUCUGGAACAGGCCAGCGGGAAACCCAUCGCCACAGUGAUGGGCUCGUGGACCAAGCAGAUGGGCUUCCCCAUUAUCCUAGUCGAACAGGAGCAGAAUGGCGACAACCGCGUUCUCAAGAUAUCCCAGAAGAAGUUCUGCGCCAGCGGACCUCAUAAUGGUGGAGAUUGCCCCAGCUGGAUGGUACCCAUUAGUAUUUGUACCAGCAAGGAUCCCCGGUGCUCCAAACUCCAGGUUCUACUGGACAAACCCGAGACCAUCGUCACCCUUCAAGGCGUCACCUCUGACCAGUGGAUCAAGGUCAAUCCCGGCACAGUGGGUUUUUACCGCAUCCAGUACAGCUCGGCCAUGCUGCAGAGUCUGCUGCCCGGCAUCCGAGACCUCAGCUUGCAGCCCGUGGACCGGCUCAGCCUCCAGAAUGACCUCUUCUCCUUGUCGCGUGCAGGAAUGAUCAGCACAGUGGAGGUGCUGAAGCUGAUGGAGGCGUUUGUCAACGAGCCCAACUACACCGUGUGGAGCGACCUCAGCUGUAACCUGGGCGUCCUGUCCUCGCUGCUUUCCCAUACCGACUUCCACGAGGAAAUCCAGGAGUUCAUCCGCGACCUCUUCACCCCCAUCGGCCUUCGUCUGGGCUGGGACAGCAAACACGGAGAAGGCCACCUGGAUGCUUUGCUGAGGGGUCUGGUUCUGGGGAAGCUGGGCAAGGCGGGACACAAGCCCACGCUGGAGGAGGCCAGGCGGAGAUUCAAGGAACACGUGGAGGGAAAACAUAUCCUACCUGCAGACCUCAGGAGCCCGGUUUAUUUGACAGUGCUCAAACACGGAGACAGCACCACGUUAGAGACCAUGCUGAGGCUUCACAAGCAAGCGGACAUGCAGGAGGAGAAGAAUCGUAUAGAGCGAGUACUCGGCGCCAUUGCCGCUCCCGACCUCAUUCAGAGAGUCCUCACUUUCGCCCUCUCGGAAGAGGUUCGUCCUCAGGAUACGGUUUCGGUCAUCGGGGGUGUGGCAGGAAGCAGUAAACAAGGUCGCAAAGCCGCGUGGAAGUUUGUAAAAGACAACUGGGAGGAGCUUUACAACCACUACCAGGGCGGGUUCCUCCUAUCGCGUCUCAUCAAGCUCACAGUGGACGGAUUUGCCAUCGACAAAAUGGCCGCAGAAAUAAAGAGUUUCUUUGAGAGUCACCCGACGCCGGCGGUGGAGCGCACCGUGCUACAGUGCUGCGAGAACAUCCUCCUCAACGCCGCCUGGCUCAAGCGCGACGCCGACGACAUCCACAACUAUCUAAUGCAGCGCAAGGCUCCCCCCGUCUGAGACCCACCCCCACCCUUCGUCCCCUCAGCGCGGAUCUCCCUGCAUCGCAGUCGCCUGAGCCCCCUUCUCAAGCCGAGCGCUGGGCCGUGCAGGGUGGGAGAGCAGAGAUCGUAUUUACCGCAGGCUUUGUUUGUCUCCACCACAAAUCCGAGACUCCUUUCCACGGCAUCAAAUCCAUUCCCAUCUGGACCAGGAUGCUUGUUUUUA